AGACAAACCUUCUCCUUUUCCUGCUUCUUCUUCUUCCUCAGAUCUCUUUCAAUUUUCAAAAAUGCUUCUCCGUAUCUGUAAUCGUCAUCAUAAUUCUUCUUCCUCCUCAUCAAUCUGGUUUUCAAUUUGAUUCUUUAUUCCACUUUCAAUUCCUUUCGAUUCAUUGUUGUUUUCGGUUUCGUAUAGAUUUGCUUCGAUUCUUUUGAUUUUCUCCCCUUCCGCCGCGGAAUGAGGUGCAAGAAGCAUCUCUCCGACGUCACAAGUGCUGUUGGAGUCUGUGCUACAUGUCUUCGGGAGCGGCUUCUCUCUCUAAUGGCGGCUCAGGCUAGGGCGGAGGCUCACCAAGUGCAGCUAUCUCGACUUCGUUCCUAUGCGAGGGAGGAUCUACCGAGGAAGUCAGAUCCUCUUCCGCCACCACCGCCUCUUGUGUUUCCGCGCUCUGUUUCUCCGUAUGUCUCGCGGCGGAAGGUUGAGGACUCGUCGUGGAGCUUUCAGAGUCCGUUGGAUGAGCGACAUCGUCGAUUUCAUCAUCGCUUUUACAGUACUCCACAGGUUCAACCUACUUAUUACGGCGGCGGUAUUUCUACUUCUUCUUUUGUUACUACUGGUUCUGUUAGUAGGAAACAGAGGAGUAGAUUUUCGUUCUGGUCUAGUCUUUUCCGGUCCAGAUCCGAGAAAUUGGAUUCGGUUCCUCGUGAUUCUUCUCAUUCUACUUGCGAUCCUGCCUCCUCGUCUUCUUCCUCUUCCACUUGGCUUUCGUCAAUGUUCUCCCGUCGGAAGAACAAGCAGCCGAAGUGUUGCUCAAUUGAAGAAGCAAUGGAUCAGAGGAAGAAGCCGUCGCAGCCGCAGCUACUCUAUUUUCGAGGAAUGUCGCCGGCUGGAGGAGCGAGUGAGGCGGACGGAGAUUACGACGAUCGCCGCGAUGGAUCUCCAUCGGCGAGUGGAUACUCCUCCGAGUCCUCGAAGUGGAAACCGUCUCCGGCGGCAUCUCACGGAUCGACAGCGAGGCGAGGGAGACAAGGACUGAGUCGGAACGUUUCUGGUCUCGCGUUUUGUUUGAGUCCGCUGGUGAGAGCUAGCCCUAACCACCGCCACUGGAACCAGAAAGGACUUCCGACGGAAUUGGCGUAUACCGGAGAAAUUAGGGCUCCGACUAAGCCUCAUCUCUCCGAAGCGGCGUCGUUUUGCGCGAACCGAUCUCGAAAACUUGCGGAUUUCGGAAGAGUCAAUGCGAACCGUUGAUUUUGAAGACCGUUGACAUCCAAAUAGACGGUGCUGAUUCGACCUCUUUCACUCGAAACACAAUUCACACAAGUACGGUUUUGCCCCUCCUCUCUCUCAACACCAAUUGUUUAUUAUUACUUACCAUCUUCAGCUUAUUCCUCACUGUAAAAGUUUGAAAAAAAAAA